CAGAGCAUCGUCUAAAUACUUAUAUCAUACGUCCCAGUCACCUGCAACGAAACAUUUCGCGAUUAGACAUCCGAAUCGAGCGCGGAACCCGCCACUCUCUCGUUUAUAUUUUUGUAUAGUUUUGUAGAUUUUUCAUAGUUUCCCUUUUUUUACAUCGGAGGUUCGGUCUGUGUCUCAUACCCUCUGAAGUAAAGAUUCACGAUGUUCCAGGAUGCUAUUGAGCUAAUGAAUUCGUGAUACCGUGCCCGGAAAGUGUGCGUGCGGGUGCCUUCCUGAAUUUCUACGUAGUGCGUUCGAGGUUUUUUUGAGCCUCAUCUUUCGUCGUGUCUCAGCUUGUCGCAGCUUGUCGCAGCUUUUGAGCCAAGUUUUUUGAACGGAGGAAGAUUAUGGGAACCCAAUAUUCACCUCAAAUAAGGUGAAUUAUGCAGCCGGGUGCACUGCUGACCAACAGUUGGCGAAAUGCAUCGGAACAUGGAGGGAGAUGCACCACUCCCGCGCAAUGGAACGUGUCCGGCAAAGUGUCGACGAAAUGCUUCUGGAACGCAUGUAAGGCAUUGUCUGUUGGUCUACUGCUGAUGCUCAUUGGUGGCAGCAUGGCAACGAUAGGCUACUACGCGGAUCAACAAAGCGCAGGGAACGAAACCCGAGGGAACUCGAGCGCUAGCAAUGUCUGGGUCAAACACGACGCUCGUGGAUUCCACCUCAACAAUCUGUCUUACGCUGGCCCGAUUGUCAUGGGAGUUGGAGGGUUCAUUGUGGUGGCGGCUUGCGUGAUGACGUUCGAGGCCCGGGAUACGGCGGCGAAGGUGGCGGCGGCGCGAGGGAAGGCGAGCCAAAGCUCGACGCACCGCGCAAGCAAGCACAGCCCGCGGGAGGGGACCGGGAGCAAGCAGACCAGCUUCCGGGACAGCGAGCGCCGCAAAACCAGCAGCUCCCAGCUCAACAAAUGGGACUACGGCCAGGGACACAAGGGCCGCUGCGACAGCUUCGUCGAGACCUCCAGCGGGCCCCGCUCGCCUAUCUCCACCGAGGUGAUGUCGCGGCGUGCUCUGACAGCGGCCUUCAUCCAGUUCUCGCGGACCCUGGAGCAGGGCCCGAACCCCCUGGGCAAGAUCCCCCUCAGCGUGGCUGGGAUAAACCGGUGCCCCUCAGCGCCGAGCCUGGUCGACUCCGAGACGAAGGAUCUGAAGCUGGGCGGCGGCGGUGGGGACUCUCCGAUCCUCUUCAUGUCGGCCAAGGCGUCGCAAGUGUUGCCCUCCCGGAUGGCCGUGCCGAGCAGCUACAUCUACCAGCAGCGCCGCGACCGGGUCGCCCCCGGCUCCGGCUGCACCCUCCUCAACCCGCACAGCCUCCUCAAGCGGCAGGCCAUGUCCGUCGACAUCCCCGACUACUGCUCCUUCUUCUCGCCCCCGCGCACCCCUCAGCAUGUCUCCCGACAAGGCUCCGGCCACAGCGGCAGCCGCGAGUCCGUUGGGGGUCCCGAUCCCAUCUCUGACAACUCGCUCAGGUGUAUGGAGGGACAGCAGAACCGUGAUCGGGAGAGAGGGUCGCAAGCAUCGAUGGCGAUGGACCUUCACUUGCCGGACUACCCGGUGACUCUGAGGAUCAAGGAUCGCACGAAACAGGACAAGAACCAAGGACCGUCCAAAUCGCCGAGCUUCCAGCGCCGCCAGCUGCUCAGGCGACAGACCCAAAUAGAACAUCACGAGGCGGACGGGUAUCAGCAAGAGGGCUUGGAGUCUCGCUCAAUGCCUCACAGCCGACAGGAAUCCUUCGUCGCCCGACUGUCCCCGCGCUCAAGCUUCGACGAUUCAGCCAGGAUGCGAAUCCUCGAAGCCCCACGAGACUCCAUAGCAGGGAUGGCGAAUCAGAAGUACAAAUACUCCCGCGCGAAAACCUUCGACGAGUCGUCGGCGGUGGGUUCGACGAAGGGACGACAAAAAGGCUCUGGGAAAAGACGGCAGAGACGCAAAUCGGACGACCGGAGGCGGUGCUCGAUCCCGACCCCAGAACCGACGACCCCCGUGAGCCCCCACCGGCGGAGAUCACCGGCCGCCUCCAGAGAGAUCUCGCCGGCCGCCUCCAGGAUGGACGCCUUGAAUCUCAAGGAGCAGUAUGAGCAACCACCCGGCAGCCCGAUGACCGUCAUCAACAUCCAGAGUCCCAUAAUGAUCCACCCCACAGCUCAAAGUACCGAUAAGACUGAUCAUAACGCUAGCGUACAAGUCCAUGAAAAUCCCAGUGCCGCAAACUAAAUACCAUUGCCUCAUGACACACACUGAAAAAACAGUCCGGCAUGUGGAAGUCAUACUUACGGGCUGCAUAGACAUACCGUUCACUUUCCAGGCUCGGAGGCCGAAAGUUCCGGAUGUGACAGCCGGAGCAGUUGAAGUUACGGCUCCAGCAACUUCCGGCCUCUGAGCCUGCAACCGACGGUAUGUCCGCACAGCUCGUGACUUUUUUUCCAGUGCAGUGGGUCCGUUUCGCAAAUUCAAAAACCCUCACUUUUUUGGCAUUGUUGUGUUCAAGUGCGGUUUGUAUAUUCUAGCCUCAGAACAUUUUUAAAUAUUUCUCAACCUUGUGAGCUUCCUUGAAAUAUCUCACCGAAAUUUCAAAUAUUCCCGAUCUUCCUUCUCUUUCAAAGGAUCUGGAGAAAGUUUACUCACUCAAAAUGUUCAAAAAAACCAAAUUUAGAUGUGGAAAAAAUUUAAUUUUGAAAUGUAGUUCGUAUUAAGAGGGGAACUUCACGCCUCAUUCAAAAGACACGGCUAAAAUACUGUCAAAAUGAGAUUUUUUAAUGUUGUAAACUCUUGUCGCACAUGCUCUGAAACCAAUCCUUUAAUAAUGAUGAAGGCCAGUAAAACUGAAAUUACCGAUGCCGCGUUCAGAAUUCAUCUGGGACUUAUUAAAGAGGCUGCUCAGGGAUUAUCUAGACAUGACUGAACCUCACUCGCAUAGCUCUGUCGUGCGCAUUACGAAUAUUAAAAUGCAGGCGCCGAGCUUCGGAAAUAACUCUCUCCAGGAAAGUGUAAAUUAGCAUUCUCUCAAUCACAAAUACGCUGGCACUAGCCCCUAUCAAGUGAAGACGAGCUCAGGUUGGCUAAGACAAUCUCAUCACGGAGGGGGGAGGGGAGAGAAAACUUGGUACUUCCCUUAACUCCUUUGGCUACGUGCCUGGACUGCUUAAGCGGUAUCUAUCGAUUGUUCAACUUGAAGGGAUUUGAUGAGACAACCAGUGGCGUGGCGUGAAUUGCGAUAUAUCGAUUGUUAUGCUACUUAAACCUAUGAAAAAAGAUCGAUUAUCAGGGUGUUCGCAGCGAACACCUUAGCAAUCGAUUCUUUACCGUAGCCUCAAAUGGCGAGAUAUCGAUAAUCGAUUAUUCACGCCACGCCACUGGAGACAACAGGAGAUGGCGAGACGAGGUCGGGUCUCCUCCUGGAGCGAAAAGGUCAUUCAUAAAUUACGUGAUGGAAUUUUCAUCUUUUCAAACCCUUCUCCUUUCGUGCGCAGUUAUGUCCAAGUCCUGAGGCAAACCCCCACCCGCAUCCCCCCACACACAAAAAAACCGUAGCGAUCUGCCUUUGCUCUUUAUUAGAGAAUUUGCAGGUGUCUGUUUGUGAAUUUUAUGUUCAAAAUGAAAUUACUACGAGAACUGAGCACAAGGAUAUCCUUGGUUUCUAAAUUGAACAAUUAUUGGAGGAAAUAGGACAAAAUAACCUAAUCUGCUAAGAUACAUAUGUUUGAAUGGGAAAUGCCGCCGGAUGACGUCUCAAGGCGACAAAUUAUCUCACUUUUAAAACAAUUUUUCUACAAUUCCCCAUGUUAGAAAAAAAUAAUGAAAAAUACCGCGAACUCAGCUCAUUACGCACUCUCAGAUGAAGCAAUACAAUUAUGUGUGAAAAUUCUCCAUUCAGCAUCGACAUUUUCUAAUGAAACAGUGGCAUAUAAUUUUUGCAUGGUUUUCUUAUAGCUUUUUUUACAUUCGAUUUUGUGGAACAUCAAAAAAAUUCAUUAAAAGUUCAAAAAAUCACUCUCAAGGAGAGGAAAAGCUAAUCAAAAUCCGAUCAAUCAAAAGCCGAAAGUCAAAUUGACGUGACAGGAGGCUUUCCGCGAGUGGAUUUGGUUGACUCUGUCGGCCAGAUCGGUAGGGCUGUAGCCCGGCUAAAAUCAGAAACUGAACUCAUUUCCUUGAGAAAUUGUGGCCAAAGUUUGCAUCAAUCCACUUUCUGACCCACCUCGGGGCCCACCAUGAACCUCAUUAAUGAGCAAUGAGAUGAACAAUGAGUAUACUUCGCGCGAUUUUCAGCCUGGCGCCGGAUUCGGUUUGACUACCUUUCCCUCCAGAACCCUGACAUCAUUUGUAGACGGUCCUUUCGUUUUGGAUUUUGGGGUAUUAUUUCUCUAAUUCAGAUGCACAGAGUGGCCCUACACGCACUGGUGGAUUUUAGGAAAAUGGUGGAAAAUUACUUGUUGACCAAUGCUCAUCAAUUUGAAAUUAUAACCUCUAGGAACAUGGAAACCGCUCCCAUCCAAAAUUAAGCAUUCUUGGAUUCUUAACCCGACACUUUCGAAGCCAUAUCAACAGUGAGGUUGAGUGAUUAUUGAAGAAUUCUUUCCGUUUGAAGUUCCGGUUGGCGCCUCUCUCUAAUUAAUUAGAGUGAAUGCUAUUCCGGUUAAAGUUUGCCAAGUGAGGGGAAAUAUUUUCUAACCCGUCGCGUAAAAUUCUUUAAAAGAAAGAUUUACAUCCGGCUGUCUGGCAAUGUUGUCCGGCUCCCCACAUUCCAUGCGUUCCCUUCCCUCACCUCUUCAACUCCUUUGCAACUGUAAGCAAAGCUCCCUUCUUACUUCCCACAGCUCGCAUUGGUACUGCCAGAUCGCUCCAGAAAUGUAUAUUUUUUGGAACAUCCCAACUACAAAAUUUUAUUUCCACUAAUAAUUUUGAAACGAUAAAACUAAAUUUUACUAUAAGUGCGCUGCAAAGCUUAAUUUACGAAUUUAACUUCCUUUUAAAGAGAUCACAAUAACAAGAGAAGUGGUAAAAAUUACCUGCAGCCCAAAGUAAUCGCAUGGAGAGGAACUAAAAAUCUGUGAAAGCCGUAAUUCAGAUGCAACGUAUUUGAAUAACAUGAAAUUUUAGUAGGCUGUCAUUUUUUUCGUUCAUUCUUUUUCGGCAAUUGAUGUUUAGACUUGGAGGUAUAUAUUAGGUUACCCUCGAUGAUUUUGGAAUAUUUUUAUAGGUUCACCACGAUAUGUUUGCUUAAUUUUAGUGAAAAAUUAGAAAAAUAGUCUUGUAACCAAUAAUGCUCAAUGUGAUUCUUUUAAAUGUUAACGUAUUUUUAAGGCUAUAGGGCUCGAGCAAUAAUUCGUAACAAUUCGAGUAAUAGAUAGGAAUGAUUUUAGAUGUGACGAACCUGCGAACUCAGUAGGAUCUUAGAAUUAGCAUAUCUGGAAAAUAAGUUAACUCAUAGAUAUGUUCUUGUUUUCCUUCUCUUUUUUUUUAAAAAAAAAAACCGUCAUUAAAUUAAUGUGUAAGGAAUAUAAAUCGAAAAGCCCGUACACAUCCAUUAUGAAAUGAAUGUCGAGGUAGAAGAGGAAAAUGAAGGAUAAAGUAGGAAGUCCGCGAUACUGUUUCGGAACGACGAGAGACAGAAAAAAUGGAAACAAAAAACUUGAUGUUAUUCGCCUGGUUUCGAAAAACCAGUGAAUGAAAAUUCCCUACAUAUUUCACACUUAUUCCAACGAAAAAAUGCACGCUUUUCGAUACUGGCAGUAAAACUACAAAACCAUAAAACCACAAAGAAGGAAGCAUGCCCAAAACGUUUGCUUAAAAAUGUUUAUGCAUGUUGUUUUUUAGGUAAGUGUUCUAUGGAAUGUUAGCUUGCUGUUUUUCAGUUUCAAUCAUUGUUUAAUAAUUAAUAUGUCCUCUGCAAAACUUAUAAUCGUUGAGUAAAUCUCAUUUACAAUUAGUUGACACAACUCCUCGUAUAAAUUAAAUUCAAAGGAUAGCCUUUUUCCUUGAAUUUUAUACUCGUAAUAAUAUUUAUACUCAUGUUAUUUUGGAAACAUUUUCGUUAGCGUAAUUUUUUUGAUGAAUUUUUAUAUUUUUAAAACUGUAUUCCACACUUAUUUUUAAAAUAAUUCCUUUUGGUUUAAUUACGAGUAUUCAAAAUAAUAUGUUACAUUCAAGAUCUAUGUAAAUGAUUGCUUAUUUCUAUUAGAGGAUUUUGCACACAAAAAAAUGACGCAAAUCUAGGAUGAUGAAGGUGACUAUUCAGAACCUCACAGACGUAAUUUUACGUAAAAAGAACAAUGUCUUUUGCUAUUCUCACGAGCACAACAACAAGAAAUUAAAAUGUUUUUAAAACAAAUUAUAGAAUUCCCAUCAUAAUACAUAAGUGCGUUAGCUAUUGCAGAUGUACCUACGUUUUAAUACUGCUUUCUCCGCGCUCCAAACAAUUGCUCGCAGUAUAUAGUUUGGUGGAAAAAAAGAAGGAGAUACAUGUUUUAAAAAAGUAGCAAAGCUCGGUGUUACAGAAGAAGAACGUUCCUUUUAGUUUCAAAUUAUUUAAAGCUUUACUCGUUUGUUUCCUCGUUAUCAGAGAUUUUCAACCACCACGUUUCUAUUUUUCAUGACAUUAAAAAAACGAUUAUAAAUUAAAUCCUAAAAGUGGAAUAAAAAAUAUAUUCUAAUUUUUUUUCAAAAUCAGGUUCCUUUUUCAAUGUCGACACUCACAAGGUAUGAAUAAAAUUUUGUACCUACCUA